AUGACAUCAUCAACAGAUAUCAAUCUCAUCAAAUCAUUAAAUUAUAUUUCGGAACAACUCGAUCGAUAUUUAGCACUUAUGAUUUUUAUUGUUGGUGUCAUCGGAAAUAUUUUGAAUUGUUUAGUUUUAUCACAACGAACACUUCGAUCAAAUCCAUGUGCAUUACUUUUUCUUGCUUCAUCAUUUAUUGAUCUUAUUUCAAUUUUAAUUGGUUUACCAACUCGAAUAUUAGCUGGUUGGCACGUUGAUCCAACUACAACAAUUAAUUGGAUAUGUAAAACUCGUGUUUUUAUUGUAUUUAGUACGAGAACAAUGUCCAUAUGGUUAAUUACAUUAGCUACAAUUGAUCGAUGGUUAAUAUCAUCUAUUGAUAUUCAUCGUCGACAAAUGAGUAAUUUAAAAAAUGUUAAACGAGUAAUAUUUAUCGUUGUAAUUCUAUCGAUUCUUACAUAUACUUAUAUGCUUUAUUGUUAUGAAGCUAAUAUUACUGAUGCACCAUUGAAGUGCUAUGGAAAAAAUAAUGUAUGUCGUCUUAUCAAUGAUUUGACAUAUUCAUUUAUAACUAUAAUAAUUCCAUUGAUUUUAAUGAUUAUAUUUGGUCUAUUAACUAUUUCACAUGUACAUCAUGUUCAUAAUCGCAUACAAAAUCAAGCUAUUAGACCGGGAAAUAUUCCUUUGACAUCAAAACAAUCACACUUUAAAAAAGUUGAUCGUCAUUUACUUCGUAUGCUUGUCAUACAAGUACUUUUGUUAACUAUAUUAUGUAUUCCACAAGCAAUUCAAAAAUUUCAUAUUACAUUUAAACCAUUUGGUUCUGGAACUGAAUUAGAAGAUGUUAUAAAAGCAUUUGUAUAUAAUAUUGAACUACUUUUGGCUUUUAUUGCAAGUAGUAUGACAUUUUAUACAAAUACAUUAGCUAGUGGCAGUAUUUUUCGAAAUGAAUUUAUGAAUUUAAUACGAAAAGUUACUCAAAGACAAUAA